UGACCUUUCCAUGCCCGCCUGUAUAACAACAUGAGCACGUUGACCUUACGUGAUUAGGUUCAAUGCUUAUUUGGCUCGACUGAGACAGAAAUUUCAUCAACCCCUCUUUCACAGUGGAGAUGGCUAGCGGGCUAAGAUAUGAGUUGGACUAGGUGGGCAUUUUCAUCGCUUUUAAAAUGUCUUUGUUGUUUAAGUUGCUUCUCUUCUUCCUCCCAGGUAGUGCAGCAUAUCUGGAGAUUUCCCACAUCUGAGAUGUCAGCAUGCUGCUUUUGGCAGGAUUGAAUACAUUUCAUCAGAUAUCUUGGACAGGCGGCACUCAUCGCAGAUAUUUUUUAUUCAUCUAGGACAACUAAAAUGUUCAAUGACAGCAGAGCAAACCGGAUUGGAGAAUAUAAUAUGUACAAUUUAACUUAAAAGCCACCAGUGCUUACUGCAAAUGGAUUAUUGUGGCUCAUUAAUGUCUUGCUCCAGAUAAGUCGUUUCUUGCUGAAGUAUGUAGGAGGGUAGAGUUGACCAAAGACAUCGGUUUCAUCAUCAAAUACCAAGAAAAUCCAACAGUAGAAGGAGACUUUGAAGAGAAUACACCGUGGAGCUGUGGGGUUGCACCACCAGCCCUUGAAGAUGCUUCAGACCGGCAACUACUCACUGGUGCUGCUGAUCCAGCUGACACUGUUGGCCUAUGACCUCUUUGUCAACUCUUUCAGUGAACUUCUGAGAGGAGCAGCUGUCAUCCAACUUGUGCUUUUCAUCAUCCAGGACAUUGCCAUCUUGUUCAACGUGAUCAUCAUCCUCCUGAUGAUGUUCAACACGUACGUGUUCCAGGUCGGCCUGGUGUCGCUGCUUCUGGAGAGGUUCAGGGCCCUGCUGGUAUUCUCUACUCUUUACCUGACCCUUAGCAUCUGCUUCCACUGCUUGGUGCUGAACCUAAGAUGGCUUAAUUCAAACAGUUUUGUUUGGACAGAUGGUCUCCAAGCUCUUUUUGUUUUUCAGAGAACAGCGGCUGUGUUUUAUUACUACUUAUACAAACGUACAGCAGAGUACAUGGGAGACCCGAGGCUGUAUGAGGACUCUCUGUGGCUGCGUGAUGCCUUUGCCAGAGCUCGUCAGUGAAGCAGAGACACUUUUUAAGAGACUGUGGAAAAACAUAUCACUGGGCAUCACUAGCUAUUCCUAACUUUGGAUUUUUCUUUUUAACCCAUUUUUAUAUUUGGAAAUCCUUGCACUAUUAACCAUAUCUAACAAAGCAACACUGACAUAUAUAUAUAUAUAUAUAUAUAUAUAUAUAUAUAUUUUUUUUUUUUUCCACACAAAUGGAACUCAAUAACUCAUAAUAAGGAUGAAGCAAAGUGUCAACCACUGUUUGUGUUUACUGGCUCUUUGUAGCCAAGAGGCUGGGGGUUAAAUGGUUUACAGUAGCAGGUAAGCCAAGUGUGGCUUGUGAGUAUUGUAUUAAUAAGGAUUGAGUCAGUUAAUCUAUGUGGCCUUGUAAAUCAGUUUGGGUUGCAGACAGACUGCAACACACUGAGCGAAUGUUUUGAAAAUGACCAGGUGUAAAUGCAGAUUUUGCAUUUACACCUGGGCAAGUUCUUUUUUUUUAACUGUUUCAAUGGGUAGCUUUUAGAAGAGCAUAUGCUCAUAGUUUUGUUGGAAAGCAGGUUUCCCCUGCAGUGAAAGAUCAGGUGGUCUGUUUUGCCUUAUGUAAGAUUAGUAUGUGCUGUUUACACGAUUGUUAUUUUAAUAAUUCAAUUUUCACGUGAACCCACUUUUCUUUAUUUGGAGAUCUUUGAAUUGUGUCUCCGCUGCUUUUAUUAAAUAAGCCAUCUCUAA